AUGCCUCAAUGGGGUGCAGGUAAUACGAGAGCUAUAGAAGCUCGUAUGAGGAAAAAAUUAGAUAAAGACAAAAAGCAAAAAGAAUUAGAAGAAAAAAAAUUAGAAGAAUACUGGAGAGAUGAUGAUAAAAAGGUUCAGGCAAAAAUGCAAAGAAAGAUGGAGGCUGAAAAUAAGAGGCAACAAAAAUUGGAUAGGAAGAAAGAAUUAAAGGCUCUAUAUGGAGAAGAAGAAAAAUCCAUAAAAUCAAAUAAAGAGAGUAAAUCUACAAAUAAAAAGGUCACGCAAUCUGAAAUUCUUCAAAAAUUAAUUGAAGAGAAAAAGAAGGAACUUCAAGAAGAAAAAAAGAAAAAGGAAAAUUUAAAUGUACAUGAAAUGGAAUUAGAAGAGAAUAUAAAUCACAUACGUAGAAACGAACAAAAUAAUUACGACGAAUAUAUAUACGCUACUGGAAUUGAUAAUGUCAUAUCAGCUUUAGAAAAUGUGUCCUUUGAAAAAACAAAAAGUGUUAAAGCUGCCUAUAAAAAAUUUGAAGAAGAAAAUUUACCAAUUAUUAAAGAAGAACAUAAGGGCUUGAAGUUAUCUCAGUAUAAACAAAUGUUAUGGAAGCAGUUUAAAAAAUCAGCUGAAAACCCUAUGAAUCAAAAGGAAUAA